AUGAUUCGUAAAGUCCUACUUCACCCUUCAAUCACUUUUAUAAGCCGAGCUUUAGGUAGUCAGCGCCCCAUCAGUCAUUUUACCAGAGUUCAAAUGUCCAACCCUGCAAAAGUUGUUUCCACAGCACCUCUGCCCGAUAAUGAGGCCAAGUGGACAAAAUUAGUCAAGAUCGCCUACAAGGACCCCAAUGGCACUGAGCGGACCUGGGAGUCUGCCGAGCGCCGGACUCGCCCAAAGAACAGCGAGAUCGACGGUGUAGGCAUCGUAGCCAUAUUGGAGAAAUCUACCGGCCCCGAGAUUAUCCUACAGAAGCAGUUUCGUCCACCACUGGACAAGGUCACCGUUGAGAUUCCUGCAGGCCUUGUAGAUGCUGGCGAGACUGCUGAGCAGUCUGCCGUCCGUGAGCUCAAGGAGGAAACUGGUUAUGUUGGCAAAGCUUCAGAGACUUCGACUGUCAUGUUCAAUGAUCCAGGCUUUACAAACACGAACCUGCGCAUGGUUCACGUCACCAUCGACAUGAACCUACCAGAGAAUCAGAACCUCAAGCCGGAGCUGGAAGAAAGUGAGUUUAUCGAGGUUUUCACUGUCCCUCUUUCUAAGCUGUGGGAGGAGUGCAAGAAGCUCGAAGCUGAGGGCUGUGCGAUUGAUGCCCGUGUGGGUACGCUGGCUGAGGGCAUUGAGCUUGCCAAGCGCUUCAAGCUUUCUUGA